AAUACUCUGUAGCUACUGUAUCAGCUUUAGUAUAGGAUUUAAGUUGGAAAACAUAACAUCUCUCUGCAAGCUAGCUGCGAAGCAAACAUGAUGCGACUUCUGGUUCUGACAUUGUUUUUGUAUACCCAAGGAGCCUCGGCAGUUAAUUGUGAUGUUGAACCAAAAACUACAGAAGCAACGCUGAAAUCAAAGUUGCUCUGCUCGAAAUAUGAUAAAUCAGAACGACCGGUAAAAAGCCAUAGCGAUUCUGUGCACGUAGAUAUGCAUAUGGUUUUACAAAAUUUCAACUUUGAAGACAAUCUUCAGAAACUGUACAUCAAUGUGUGGCUGUUACUACAGUGGAAGGAUGAGUAUUUAAAUUGGAAUCCCAUGGAAUACGAUGGCAUCAAAGAACUCAUCAUCAAAUCUGAUGACAUCUGGAUACCCGACGUGACACCGUACUCGGCUUUUUACAGCAACAACUUAGAUGCUUCCUGCACUACGCCAAAGUGUGUUCUUGUUAGCAGUGGCAGAGUGAAAUGUGUCCCAGCAUGCGAGUACCACACACUUUGCCGAUCGGAUUAUACAAACUGGCCGUUUGAUCGUCAGAAUUGCAGCAUCCGUUUUGGAAUGUGGGCGGAACAUUCGAACGAGGUAGAUUUUAUCGUGAACGGAACCUCGUUCGGAUCGGAAGAUACCAACACACACAAUGAGUGGAAAAUUCUCUCUAUGAGUGUGCAAAAACAUCAGUCACCAUUGCCGGAGAAAAAUACUACCUAUCCAUCGUUGAUCUACAAUUACAUCCUAGAACGACACUCCGGUUCACAUUGCGCAGUCGUGUUAACACCUGCUUUUGUAAUGCUAGCUAUAAAUCUUAUAUCACUUUGCCUAAAAUGCUAUUCGCUGGAUCGACUACUCAUCCUAGGAUCGAAUCUUUUCGUGCAUUUUUUAUUUAUUGAAAACCUCUACUGGAUGAUUCCCUUCAACGGAUCAACGACUCCUUUGUUUGUGCUUUUCUUCCGAGACUCUCUAAUGAUCACCGCAAUCCUGCUGAUAAUGACCGUUUUUCUCAAACAUCUCUACUUAAGUGACAAGGAAGCACCAGCCGCCAUUAGGGGUUUAAUAAUUUCCUUAACUAGUAACCGUCUCGGACAAAAGUUAGUCAACCCGGACAUAGACGAUGACAGUUGCUCCAAAGCGGCAGAAAAUGUCCGCGUUAAUGAGCGUACUGCCGAGGAAGUUACAGAGGACACUGUUAUUCUGGUUGGUAGCAGCAGUAACCCGAAUGAACCUCAAGAAAUCGUCGAAAAAAGUACGCUCUGUAGAACGGUUGCGCUCAUUAUUGAUAGGUUACUUUUUCUAGGUGUAAUAAUUGCAUAUGUUUUUAUGCUUCUCACCCUUAUCCCUAAAAAUUAAGUAUCUACUGAGUAUAAACACAACCUCAUUCGGAUAGAUGUGUACCUACAGACAGCGGAACGAGAUAAUCAAUUGGAUAGAACAACCUAGCCGGUAGCGCGACACAUGCACUGGACCUCUUCGAUGCAUACGCCAACCGUAUUGCGAACGUAGCCGGGCCGGCAAAAGCAUCCGCGCUGACACCCCGAACCACAUCCUUCGUAUCCGCCGUACAGAUAGGAAUCGCACGUCGAAGGACAUCCACAAGUCGAGAAGACUUCGUUUAUUCCGUUGCAUGCACUGGACCUCUUCGAUGCAUACACCAACAGUGUUGCGAACAUACCCGGGCCGACAGAAGCAACCUCGCUGGCAUCCAGAACCGCAUCCUGGGUAUCCACCGUACAGGUAGGAAUCACAGGUGGCUGGACACGCCGAUCCACAAGUGGAGAACACCUCGUUUAAUCCAUUACACCAUCUGUGAGGAAUAUCG